AUGGUUUCAAUUAAUACUUUAUUACCAUUAAUAGUAUCAUUAUCAUCAUCAGUUUUAUCAUUUCAAUUAUUGCAUGAUCAAGAUGGAUAUGCAAUUUUACCACCAACUGAUAAAGUUUUAGAGCAUUUAAAACAAGUUGGAAAACAAGAUUCUUCAGAACAUUAUGAUGUUUUAACUACAGUACAUAGCAAUGGGGAAAUUAUUCAAGUUAAUUUACAUUCACAUGAAAUAAAUCAAACUGGUAAAUAUAAAUACGAUUAUGAUAAUUCAGCUUAUAAUGAUGAAUCAAAAAGAGAUUUAUUUACAAGAACUAUCGAAGAUGCUGAUUUAAAACAAUGUUUUAAUAAAGAAUUUGAAUUAGAAAGUUCUCAAUGUGGAUUUGAUUUUAUUUCUUAUGAUAAUGCAACAGAUUGUGAUCUGAGUUCAACUAAAUAUUCUUGUGUUUUAGAUGUUAUGAAACAACAAGAUGCUACAUUAAAAUUAAAAGAUAUGGAUGAUGUCCCUGCUCAAGUAAGAUGUUAUCACAAAUUAUCAACUGCACAAAAAGAUGAAGUUAUUGGUGGUGCUUGUGGUAAAUAA